AGGAGAGCGCUGCGGCGUCGAAUCCCUCCCGUUCCUUCCGCGCGGCUCUUUCGUCGUGGAGGCGCUCUGGGCCCAACAGCUGCGCCUCUAUGGCGCGGGGCGGAGCUUGUUCCUCAUAGGGAAGCCUCCGCCGCUUCCUCUCUUCCGGGGUGGGCGGGAGGCGGCUGUGAUGAUGGCGGACGGGGAAGGCGGCUUAGACCCGGAGCCCUGUGCUCCUCACCUGGAGGCGGAAGGAGAAGCCGCUGGGGACAGCGAGCUGGACUCCGGGCUUCCCCUAGAGACCGACGGCUACGUGCUGUACAGGGAUAGGAAGGAAUGGGCUGAUGUUGAGCCAGUACCUCAAGACGACGGGCCAAAUCCCGUAGUCCAGAUCAUAUAUAGUGAAAAGUUUAAAGAUGUAUAUGAUUACUUCCGAGCUGUUCUGCAAUGUGAUGAAAGGAGCGAAAGAGCUUUCAACUUAACGGGGGAUGCCAUUGAUCUUAAUGCUGCGAACUACACUGUGUGGCAUUUCCGAAGGGUUCUUCUGCAGUCCCUGAACAAAGAUCUACAUGAGGAACUCAAUUAUAUCACAGCUAUCAUUGAAGAUCAGCCAAAGAAUUAUCAAGUCUGGCACCACAGGCGAGUGUUGGUGGAGUGGCUGAAGGAUCCAUCCCAGGAACUUGAAUUUAUAGCAGACAUUCUUAACCAGGAUGCCAAGAACUACCACGCAUGGCAGCACAGGCAGUGGGUCAUUCAGGAAUUUAAACUGUGGGAUGAUGAACUGGAGUAUGUGGAACAGCUGCUGAAAGACGAUGUCCGAAACAAUUCUGUCUGGAACCAAAGAUACUUUGUCAUUUCAAACACAACUGGUUAUAACGAUCCUGCUGUUUUAGAGAGAGAAGUCCAGUUUACCCUAGAAAUGAUCAAGAUGGUGCCCCAUAAUGAAAGUGCUUGGAACUAUUUGAAAGGGAUCCUGCAGGAUCGUGGCCUUUCGAAACAUCCAAACCUCUUAGGACAGCUACUGGAAUUGCAGCCAAGUCAUAGUUCCCCCUACCUGAUUGCCUUUUUGGUGGACAUAUAUGAAGACAUGCUGGAAAACGAGUGUGAAAACAAGGAAGAAACUCUCUGCAAAGCAUUAGAGCUAUGUGAAAUCCUGGCUAAAGAAAAAGACAUAAUCCGGAAGGAAUACUGGAGAUACAUUGGACGGUCCCUUAAGAGCAAACACAGCCCAAGUGAGGAGCAGAAUGUGCCAACUUACAAUGAUCAGGAGUAACUCCAUGUAAAGCAGGAAGGAAUAUGGCAUUCGGCUCUGGAUUAACUACAAGAACUUUUGAGAGUGGAGAUAGCUAGGCAGGCAAUUAAACAGAGUGAUGUUCUCCACCCCUUCCCAAAAUAUGUUGCAACUGUACAUUACUACAGAGGUAUUGCUUUUAAUCUCACCAGAAGUGUAAACCACUCUCCGUAACAUACUGACCCCUGGUUACUGCUGCUGUACAGAUUAACUGUGGGGGUGGUCCAAAGCACUGUGCAUUUAAAAAAACACUUAGCAGUUACUUGAAUUGUACCAAAUAAAGGAAUUGUUUUCUUCAUUUUAUGUGAAUAAUGCUGUACUAGUGAUUUUAAUGCCCUAAAUUGGUUCCCAGUCUUGGCCUCCACAGGUUCUCAUAAAGCAAGCGCAUGUAAGAUUCUGAAAGUAUUUGAGUUGGAUUGCAGAGUCCUCGUUUACAGUGGCUAUAUAGAGUACGGUAACUUAAUUUCAGUUACUUGAAAGGAGGGAAUGAAGUUGUAUAUCUGAGCAGCUAUGCAACACUGACGUGUGUUUUCAUUGUAUUCAACUAAUGCCAUCAAUAAUUUGUAUUAAAAGAUAUAGAACUUGUACAAGGACUUGAUGUGUGUUUUGAGAUUUGGAUGUUUUUUUAAAAAAAGAAAGAAAGAAAGAAAGAAAUGGUGUCCCAUACGAAGUGGGAAUGGCGAUGCUGUUGUGAACUCACUGCUAGCUUUGCAGUGCAGGGAAAAUGCCUGAUCUUGCCACCUCGGAGGCCAGCCUUGCAGCAAACCCACUCAGUACAGUCAAACCUCAGCUCCCGAACGGCUCCAUUUUUGAACGUUUCAGCUCCCAAACACUGAAAACCUUUGAACAUUUUUUGGAAGCCGAACAUCCGACGCAGCUUCUGUUUGAGUGCAGGAAGCUCUAGCAACCAAUUGGAAGCCGUGCCUCGGUUGUCGAACGUUUUUGAAGCCGAACGGGCUUCUGGAACGGAUUACGUUCGACAACCCAGGUUUGACUGUACUCUGUAAAGACCUGAGCCAUUGUUUACAAAGCCUGUGUGUUCUCUUGAAUAAUCGGGUCACAAUUUAAAAAAAAACUUAGGCAAGUCAAUUUUCUUUUAGCCUCAAUAUUCCAUUUGCAAUAUGGAGAUGAUAAUACUGAUUUAGUUUGCAGAGUUCUAAACAUCAUGAUGUGACACUAAAGAAUUACAAAAAUGCUAAAUAUUAGUAUUCCUUUCCCUAGAGUGCUUCUAUUAAUCACAGACAACGGAGUUACUUUCAUUUCAUGAAGCUAUUAUUAUUUCUUAAAUUUAUAUACCACCGUUCAUCUGAGGAUCACAGAAGCUAAAUCAAGAACAAUUCUGGAUUAUUCCACCUCAAACCCAAUAUGAGUUUGCAAACCAUGAUUCUCUAUCUGGGGCAAAAUCAACAUUUUCUUUUGCUGGUGUAUGGGACUUCCCCUCCAUUUAAUCUUAAUAAUAUCCUAGAACUGGCUAUUUCUGUGUAAUCUUCCUUCCAAACAUCCUAAUUUUAACGGAAGCAUCUUGCCACUUAAGUUAAUGAAACCAAGGGGCAUGAGAAUAUUUCACUCCAGCAUGUGGAAUUUGAGAGUACUUUCAGCUUCUAAUACAGUGGUCCCUCGACUUACGAACUUAAUCCGUUCCGAAUGCACAUUCGUAGGUCGAGAAGUUCGUAAGUCGAAAAGUGGUUUCCCAUAGGGAAAAAAUAUUCAGAAAAAUUCAUAAGUUGAGGAAACCACAUUUAAAACAUUUAAAACCGCCAACGGUUUCUGUUCGGAUGUAGAAAAAUUUGUAAGCGUGCGGCCAUUUGUCCCGUUCGUAAGUCGAAAACUUCGGAUGUCGAGUAAUUCAUAAGUCGAGGGGCCACUGUACUCCUAUAUUUUGUCUUCCCAAAGGGCCAUGGUAACGGAGCCAUAAAGCUGCCCUUCGUAAAAAUGGUUGGCCACUUUCCUCUAUUCUUUCUUUGAGGUCAGGCUGCCACUAGCAAAGAUGGCCACUUUUUUGUUGCUUCCAAGAGGACCAGAUCAAAAAAGAAGAAAAGUGUCACAAUUUGGUCAGGGGAAACUGGGUAGAAAAUCUCUGAAGGAAAAGAGUAGGCAGUGAAAUGCGGGAAAGGAACAACAAGUACUGUGGCAUCUUAAUGACUAACUCUUAUGGCAUAAUACAGUAGUCCGCAAAAGUUUAUGCAUUGGUAUAAUAAAUUUGUUAGCUCUAAGACACCAUAAGUCUGGUUUUUAUUGCAAGACGCUAACACACAGCUACCCCACUAGAAAAAGAGAUG